AUGGCCGCCAAGACUUUCACCGUUGCCGCCGCCGCCACCGCCGGAGUGUGGCUUUGCAGCGAGGCUUUCGUGCCCGGCGCACAGGUCGCACGCGAGGUCCAGGCCCCCGCGGCCCACCUCCGCAGCGGUGCCCGCGCCUCCCGGGCCACGGGCUCCAGCCUGGCCAGCACCGCGGGCGCCGCGCUGCUGGUGGCCGGCGCCUGCGCCGCCCGCAGCCGCAAGGUCUCCACCUCCACGGUCUGCAAGUCCUUCGAGAACGAGCUGGGCACCACCCUUCCCAUGAAGUACUUCGAUCCCCUGGGCAUGGCCAAGGACGACGAUGCGGAAGACUUCCGCCGCCGCCGAAUGGCAGAGAUCAAGAACGGACGCGUGGCCAUGCUUGCCACCAUCGGAUAUAUUGCUCCAGAGUACUUCCGACUGCCCGGCUACUGCAGCCCCUCUGCAGACCUCAAGUUCGCGGACAUCCCCAACGGGGUCCAGGCCCUCUACAAGAUGCCCGCAGAGGGCUGGGCGCAGAUCGCCUGUUUCAUCGGCUUCCUCGAGCUCUUCGCCAUGAGGCAGGAGAAGGACCGCGCUCCCGGGGACUUCGCGGGCUUCGGCAAGCUCGGCCUCCCGGGCGGCAGCGCGCCGAUGGAUCCUGCGGCCAAUCAGCGGUCCCUGGAUGCCGAGCUGAACAACGGCCGGCUCGCGAUGAUGGCCAUCACCGGCAUGGUGGCCCAGAACGCCUUCUUUGGCACCACCGGCUCCUCCAUGUGGCUGCCGUAG